ACAGGAUUCAUUCGAAAACUUUGCAAAGAAGAAAAUGGCUCGUCGUCAACUUUCCGCUGCCACUUUGAUCCAAUGUGCCAUUUUAUUGGUAUUGGUUUGGUCAAAGGGGACUGCUGCCAUUUCCUUGGAAGAGAAAUUGCAGCAGUUAGAAGAGAAACUAGAGUCAAAAUUGGCUCUAGUUGAAGCCGAAAACGUUCACCUGACCGGAAAAGUAACACAACUGGAACUCCAACUACAACAGCAAGAUGAAAUCAAAGAAACUUUGGCAUCCAAAGUGGAUCAACUAGAAUCGCUUUUGACUACUCUGCAAAAGAAUAACCAGCGACCAACCGUAUUAUCCGAGUGGAAAGAUGAUCAAUCAGCAGUGGUGACCUCCGAUGGAAUGCCAACAUCGUGCAGGGAUCUGAGGAUACUCGGGCACCUCUGGAGUGGAAUUUAUUCGGUCAUGGGCAAUCAUUCGGUGGAGACUGUUUACUGUGACUUCACCAAAGUCCUUGAUGACCCAGGGUUCGAAAAAUGGAUUGGCUACACCGACGUCAAAUCAGCACGCACGUAUUUUUACGUCCAGAGAGAGACUGAUUUCAAAGUCCUCAACACUCCGAUUCCAUUUGAGAUAGAAAGACUCAACGUAGGAAUGGCCAUGGAUUUAACUUCGGGAAUCUUCACGGCACCUCGUACGGGAACUUAUUUCUUUUCCUUCACGGGAAUGGGACAUUUCAUCACCUCGUCGGCAACGAGAGUUUACGUGUACGUGGGUCUGUUUUUAAACGGCGAUAAAAUCGGAUCGGGUCUGGUCGACGAAGCCAACACCGUCAGUUAUCAAAACAGUCCGUUGAUGAUCCAAUCGACGCUCAAUUUGAAGGAAGGUGAUCAAGUGUGGACGGCGAUAACGACUGUCACAACAGGCAUGUAUUUGCACGACAGCACUAAUCACUACACCCAUUUCAGUGGGUGGAUGUUAGAUGAAGACAUCUACCAGUCGCUUUAAAUUACCCAACAAACGCAAAGACGAAUGUUUUUAACCACAAGUAGAGAAAUAUUAGAGAAAUAUACUGCAAUGAUAAAAUGA